GUUGCGCGUCUUGUGCAUCACGAUCCCAUCCGCGCGGCACGAGCAUCUCGUCAGGCUCCUUCGCGGUUCGGCCCUCAGGUUUACCUAUCAACACGAGUCCGAAUGGAUGAAGCAUCUCUUCGUUCUCAUCUGGUUGAAUACACCGCGACGCUGCAGCGCGGAUUACGAGUCGUUCAUCAAGUUGUGCUGGCCGUCAAACCUCUGGGCCGACAACCGGGAUUGUACGCCACAAGUCUCGUAAUCUCGCUCUGAUGUCGUCUAGUCUCCCGCCAACGCCCACGAUCGCGGUUCCUUCGCCUUUUAUCAUCCCCGCACCUGACGAUCUACCCCCACCACGCAUAUACCUGGCUCGCACGCCAGCCGACGGUGUCGCUAGGCAUCGACGGUCAGCCUCUCCCCAACGAGCCUUACCACGUACGCGACGCCCGGCGACAAUCUGCCGCGAAUGGGCAGCGGAUGCAUUGCGCUCCCCGUUUGCCGGUUCCGUCGACAACCUACGGCCGUCAUCCGACCCAUGCGUGGGCCGAGUGGAGAGAACGCGCAGUUCGUCGGCCAGCAACGCUCGGGGACCGACCACUUGCGAAGGAUGUCCUCGCCACGGGCCGCCGAUCCGCGGAUCUUAUUGCACAGCGGACUUGUGCGUCCGUACUGCCUUAGUUACGACGAUGCUCCGUGAAUGUACAAUAGCCAUGUUUAAGGUCCAGUGCGGUGCGACGCCAAACGCGUAUACGAGAUCUUCGUUCCGCUGAGACAGUCACUCGACAUGCCUGGCAGCAAGUGGACAGCUGGAUAGGCGAGCCUAGAGGGCUUCAGCGUCGCGUCGCCACGCUGCUCUCCGCCUUCGUAACGACCGUGACAACGGACGAAUGGUAUCAUAUCUCCGA